AUGGAGCAUUUCGAAACUAAGCUUCCGGCGUCGCGCGAGGCAUCGCUUCAGAUUCGCGGAGACCGCGUCAACCAAAGGGCGAUGUGCAUCUUACUCCACGCCAUACCAAAAGACAUGCUGAGAUCCCUGAUAUUAGGCACCGUUGCCUUCGAUCAGCUGAAGUCGACCAGAAAGCUAGCACACUACGCAGCGGGCGGUCCAGAUGUGUAUGUCGCCGCCAUGGCUAUCGAAGACCGAGAUGGGAAAUGGCUCAGCCGCAAUGAUAUUAGAGAUCUUAUCUACGUAUUACUCAAGUAUAUCAGAGCCUACACUGCGUGGGAAAGCCACAAGGGCAAGUCGGAUAGCCCAGAAGACCCUGUACUUGUUAUCUUUGCCCGAGACAUUGACACCCAGUACGGGGGGAGAGAUAGUGAGCACAUUAGUGACCCAAGAUGGGUUCAACGAGCGCGUCCCGGGAACUACAAACGAUACGAGCUCUUCCAGCACCUUGACGGAAGCCGAGAGGUAGCAAAUAGAAAGGCAUAUCUCGAGCGUAUGGAACUCGUAGCCGGCUUCCCAAGCCAUGAAGCUCAAAACUCGCUAGGAGAACUCAGGAGAGUCCAGCAGGAUAUAUACGCCCUCGAUAGCCAACGCACCGCCCUCAUCCAAAGACUAGAGGAGGAAAAGGCAGACCUAGAGCGCCAAAAAGAGGCCGCGGAGAAAUACGUAAGAAUGCUGAGAGCGCUAACCCAGGUGUUCAGAACCUUUCUGGGCCCUCUCGAUCGCGAAGAGCACGAACCCCAACGUCAGGACGAACCUGACCAAGAGGAUGACGAUGAUGAUGUUCAAAUAAUCUCUCGUCCCUGA